AUGAGAAAACCCACUGAUAAAGACAUGCUGCAGAAGCAGCCACUCCCUGAGCCUGACACUGUUGAUAACCUGACAUCUACAAAGGCAACGAACCGAUUCGCAAAAUUGCUCAAUCUGGGAAAAGGAAAGACCUAUGAUCCAUCCAUCAUAAUCCCCAAGAUAUCAGAAGAGCGUUUGCAAGCGGCCGCCCACGACCAUGCGUUGGAUAUCAUCACCCUACUUCACGAUCACGGGCCAAAGGCGAAGCACUCGUCUGAGACCAAAACCAGUGGACUGGAUGCGGAAGCUCAUAAACCUGAAGAAACGGUCCUGUACUUAGCCUACGGCUCGAAUAUGAGUGCCCAAUCAUUCCGCAAAACCCGCGGUAUUUUGCCUGUCUCGCAACUGAAUGUUUACGUCCCUGGCCUCAGCCUCACAUUUGACCUUCCUGGCUUCCCCUACCUUGAACCUUGCAUGGCGGGAACGAAAUACCGAGAUGACAACCAAGCCCCGAUCCACAGAUCGGACCAAACAUGGGACAAACCGCUCGUCGGUGUUGUCUACGAAGUCACCCUUUCCGACUACGCGCACAUCAUCGCCACGGAAGGCGGGGGCGCCUCUUACAUCGAUAUCGUGACGGACUGUUACCCGUUCCCGAAAUCGUACGAUCCCGCGGACCCUGUCCCAGCCCACCCGCUUAAAGACGCAAAGCCGUUUAAAGCGCACACCCUCCUCUAUCCGUCCCACAAGUACGAACCGAACAACACAACCGUAAGUCCUCUUGGGAAUGCGAAGGAAAAUGCCCAUGCAACGAAUCCCCCUCCCUGCAACAGACCCUACACCCGCGUCCACCCAGCCAACGCCCCGGCCCAGCCAUCCCCACGUUAUAAAAACCUCCUAGUCACUGGCGCACGCGAGCACGAUCUCCCAGCCGAAUACUGCGCCUACCUCUCCUCCAUAACAGCGUACCGAGUCACCACCACCCGCCAGCAGAUCGGCAGGUAUACCACGGUGACACUGUGGGCACCGCCCGCGUUACUUCUAAUGAUGCUUUCGUCGCUGACUACGGAUAAAAAUGGGAGAGUGCCUAGAUGGGUGGUGACGACCCAGAAGUUUUUAGUUUUGGGGUUGUGGGGGUGGUAUGAUCGUUUUGCGAAAAGGAUUUUUGGGGAUGGGGAGAGGGUGAUUGAAGCAUGA